AUGACAGCUGAUGACUUGUUGUUUGGCUCCCCUACCAGGGAGGAUAGGGGAACAGAAGACAAGUCAGACCUGGAUAUCUUAAACGAGAUCCUUGGUGCCACUGGAGGGUCUGGCGGACAGGGCACUGCAGAAAGUGAUAACAGCUUCAGUAAAACAUGGAAGGACAUGUUUGGGGAUGAGCCUCUUGAAAGUACACGACAACCACAGGAGCCCAGCCAGUCAUGGUCACAAGGAGGGACUAAUUUCAUGAUGCCAUCUGAUCUUCUUAAUAGCAUGGCUAAUUUUGAUCCAUUUAGUCAGUUGCCUGCCUCAACUCAGCCAGGCACUAGUCAAGCGCCAACCACGUUAGGUCUCCUCAAACAGCCUCAGCUCCCCAAGAAUCUGUGGCAGGGUAAUCAAGUAACUUCAGAGUCAAAGCAGAUACCUUCACUGCCAGGGAAGAGUAAGGAGAAGAGCAAAGGGAAAAAGGGCUCAGAUAUGUCUGCUUGGUUCAGUCUGUUUUCUGAUCUUGAUCCUUUGGCCAAUCCCGAUGCUAUUGACCAACAGAACAAGAAAAGUGAAGAGGAUAGACAAUGCUGA